AUGGCCAUGAGGAAAACAGAAGACUCUCUUAGACACUGCCAUGUCUGCGCGCUGUCAGCAUACUGCUUGCCACUUGGGUCGUUGAUUGCAAUAGCCGUUAGACGCACCGGUGGUUCCUUCUCGUUUGAGCGGCGGGGUUACCUAGCUAACGUUUACAUUGAUCGCGAGACAAAGACCCUCCGAGACGCCGAACCGCCGACCAUGAGCAGCAGCAAUUUUACCAGCAACAGCAGGCCUCACAAAGCCAUUUCACAAUUCGCUCACUACGAGGACAUCACGCUUCUCGGACCGCCCACCAUGCGCGGUGCCAUCGUAUUCAGCGGGUCCUCGCAUCCCAAGCUAGUCGAGGGCAUGUGCGACCGGCUGGGCAUGAAGCCGGGCCAUGCGACACUGGGCAAAUUCAAGAAUGGAGAGACGUCGGUCACCAUACGCAAGAUCAACGACUCGGUCAUGGAGCUUUUGAUCAUGAUAUCUGCCUGCAAAGGUGGUUCGGCCAAAUCGGUGACAGUCUUAGCCGUCAUGCCCUACUUCCCGUACUCGCGCCAGUCAAAGAAGAAGCAGCAUCGCGGGGCCAUCACUGCCCGUAUGGUCGCAAACCUCCUCCACAUUGCCGGCGUAAACCACGUCAUGACCAUUGACCUCCACGCCUCGCAGAUGCAGGGCUUUUUCAAAUGCCCCGUCGAUAAUCUGGUCGCCGAGCCGCUUCUGGCCCGCUGGAUUCGGUCCAACGUGCCUAACUGGAGGGAGGCCGUGGUGGUUAGUAAAAACCCGGGCGGAACCAAACGCGUUACAUCCUUGGCAGACGCGCUCAAGCUCAGUUUCGGCAUUGUCACAACGGACAGGAGGCGGGCGGGAACAGCUGUGCAUUGGAACGAGAGCGCCAUGUUUGAGCAGCUCAGGCUAGAUGGAUCAUACGAUUCGCCAGCCAUCGUCAAGUCUGCAGUAGAUCCAGAGGCGGAAGCCACACCCAUCAGCAAAAUCACAGCCGAUCCCAAGCCUGAGAGCAGUAACGCACAUUCGCGAUUGCGGACACAUUCGAAUCCGCUACAGCGACGAGCAAAUGGCCAUCCAUUAUCCAAGUCAAUGCGAGCAAGCUCGAUAGUAGAGUCAGAGGUGCCCCUGGAACCGAUUCGAACCGAUGCGAACAACCAAAAGGAGAAUAUCGAGGAGAAUGCCGGCGAGGAGAGCGCAACAGAGGAGGAAUACACAGAUGAGCGUGCCAAGAAUGUCAUUCAUGGACGAUUAGUUCAAGGUCACAUCGUCGACGACGCACAUCCCUCUCCCUCCAUGUCGGCAACUUCGCAUAGCACAUGGCGCAAUCGGCCACCGUCCGAGGGCGAGGAUGACGACGUAGCACCACAGAUGAUGAACUCGUUCAUGUCCACAGCAUCCUCAACGCGCAACCGAGACACUGAGCACUCGCACGCGUUGGGGGGAACGUACGACGCUGCGGCCUCAUCUGAAGACGAAGAGGAGGACCUUAAAAAUCCCGAACUUGAGACCAUGGUGACUCUUGUCGGUAAUGUCAAGGAUCGGCCCGUCUUCAUCGUCGACGACAUGAUGGACAAAUCCGCCUCCUGGAUCGCUGCAGCCGAAACAGUUGUCAAGCGUGGUGGAGCGACAAAAGUGUACUGCUUCGCUACCCACGGUCUCUUUGGCGGUGACUGUCUCGAGGAGAUGAACAAUUGCGAUGUCAUUGAUAAGAUCAUCAUCACGAAUGCCUUCCCGAUCCCCGACUACAAGAGGGCACAGGCGGAGGAGAAGCUAGUCGUCAUCAAUGUCGACAACCUACUGGCGGAGGCGGUGAGAAGAAAUCACCACGGAGAGAGUAUGAGCCAGCUCUUCAUGCACUACGACUGA